UGUUGAAAAAAAGUUUAGCGACUGGGACAAACGCUGUAAACCUUGAAAGUGGCUAUAUGGAUCACGCUGUCAUAAGUGCUGCCAAACACAUUUUUUUGGAAGGGAAUACGAACUAUUCUUUCCUAUUCUGUUCAGAAAACACAUAACACGUAAAUAAAAUGGACAAACCAGUUGUUUUGGCCCGUGUAAUGAAAGUUCUCGGUCGCACCGGAUCACAGGGACAGUGUACCCAAGUCAAGGUAGAGUUCAUUGGAGAACAAAACCGACAAAUUAUCCGCAACGUCAAAGGACCCGUUCGUGAAGGCGAUAUUUUGACCCUGCUGGAAUCUGAACGUGAAGCCAGAAGAUUAAGAUAAUUUCGAUAAUUCGUAACUCUUAAGCUUCAUUGUCGUGUACGGAUACAAUUACCAUCAAUCAAUAAAAUGCCAUUGAAAGCUUAAAACAAA